CACAUGAGGAGUUGAGAAACCAGAGAAUAGUAUGCAACUCUCAGGAGACAAAGAAGUACAGAUACAAUUAUCUACUAAAAAUAAAGAGAAGGGCAUAGCACUGAAUUCUUUCUUCUGUAAUAGUGAUGUAUUAGACGGCAGCAAUAUGAGCAAGGAUAACAAAGCUGAAGAAAAAACUGUUUGCUGUAAACCAGCUAUCGAACAUAAAAUUCCACAAGAUGUUAAUGAAGUGCUGGAAAAUAAAAUAGUUGAACAAAGCUCAGGUCUACAGUUUGUAAAUGUUUCUGUAGUGGAAAUGACAUUGUCCAAUGAAGAUCUGCAUGGUGAAAAUAUAGUGAGUAAAACUGUUACAGCGAACUCUGAUCUGAUUUCUGGGGUGUAUGAAGGCGGUAUGAAAAUUUGGGAGUGCACAUUUAAUCUCCUCAGAUAUAUUGAAGACGAAGAUGUCAGCUUCAAAGGAAAAAGUGUUUUGGAUCUUGACUGUGGGGCUGGUUUGUUGGGAAUUGUGGCUCUGAGGAGAAAAGCCAGAGAAGUGCAUUUUCAGGACUACAACAGCACAGUGAUAGAAGAGAUCACUAUACCUAAUGUAUUGGUCAACUGUGACAGUUCUGAUGAAAACGGAGAUGUUACCGAAGAACCAAGUGGAAAAAGAUUUAAAAAGCCAAAAACCCAUGCAGGGCUUCUAUCCAAGUGCCGCUUCUUCUCUGGCGAUGGGUCAAAUUUCACACUGUUAAUGCAAAAUCAAACGCCAUCUGUGAAAUAUGAUAUUAUUCUUACAUCGGAGACCAUAUAUAAUCCUAAUUACUAUGAUGCUAUGCAUGAUCUCUUUCAGCAUCUAUUGGCUGACAAUGGGACUAUAUACCUAGCUAGCAAGUCUCAUUACUUUGGUGUAGGAGGGGGGGUCCUAUUGUUUGAGACUUGUAUUAAAAAGGGCAACCGUUUCACUAUAAAUACCCUCAAGACACACGAUGAUGGACUUCAAAGAAUGCUUCUGAGCUUGUCAUUUAAAGACCGUUAA